AUGGCUUCAAGGGAAACCUCAACUCGCUUCCAUCCCUACAAAAAAACUAAACCCACAACCACUACUUCACGCGAACCAGCCUCUGGUCUGUCCAUCAACGACCUAAAACGGCGCAUCCGCGAUGUCAAACGCCUGCUCGGUCGCCAUGCAGAUUUGAGCCCCGAAGCUCGCAUUGUGCAGGAACGUGCUCUAGCCGGGUAUGAAAAGGAUCUCAAAGAUGAGACGGGGCGUCGGCAGCGGUCGGAGAUGAUCAAGAGGUAUCAUUUUGUUCGAUUUCUGGAUCGAAAAACAGCAACCAAAGAACUCCGUCGACUCACGCAGAAACAAAAAACCAUGGAGGAAGAAGAAAAUGACAAAAAGGGCUCGGCUCUCCAAGCAAUCAAGAACAGAAUCCACAUCGCCCAGAUCAACGUCAACUACACAAUCUACUACCCUCUCUCCGAAAAAUACAUUUCACUAUAUCCACAAGACAAAAAGAAAAAGACUUCUGCCACGAGUGAAGACGAAGACCAAGACGGCAGCGACAGUGACGAGCUUCCCGCAAAAUCUGGAGUGGGCAAGAACGAGAAACCUCCGCUAUGGGCCAUUGUCGAGAAAUGCACGGCCAAUGGCACGCUCGACAAACUGCGAAACGGGAAGCUCAAUAUUGGGUUUGAUGGGAAACCGAAAUCGGCAGCAGCAGAGAAAAGAAGCGAUGGGUUGCCUUCUUCUUCGCAGACAACCAGGGAAAAGGCUGCAUCUAUAAAGGCUCAAAAAUACGAGAAUGAAGAUGGUGACGACAGUGAUGGAGGGUUUUUCGAAACCUGA